CAAGAGCCUUAUAGAACUAUACCUGGAAAAUUAAGAGAUUAUGGAGCUAAACACGCUUCCAGAAUUCAUGGUAGUAAGAAACCAACUCCUCAGCAUCUUAAACUGCUUUCGAGGAUCGCAUUGAGGCAAGAAUCAGACC